GAUCUUGUCACGUGGACGAGUUCUAAAUGUUUCGUAUCUUUACAGCUCGCCGUCUUGCCAACAGACUGUCUGAUGUGGCUUGCCUGCAGUGCAGGCGGUUAGUCAGAGUUCCAGACCCUUUUCCAGAGACAACAGAUGUUCCUCGUUUCAAAGGAAUGGAGUCAUACUUUCCUUGCAUGGUGCAGCCAGAAGAUGGUCCUGAGCCACACUAUCAGGGAGUAGCAAAGGGGUACGAGAGGCUACAUUUAACUGAGUCAUUCUAUUGCGAGCUAGGAGGCAUUUUACCGGAAAUAACUUUAGCUUAUGAAACUUAUGGAAACCUCAGUGAGGACAAAAGUAAUGCCAUACUGCUGCAUGCAGGUCUAUCUGCAUCAUCUCACGCAAAGAGUCAUGAGAAAAACCCUGAUUUGGGAUGGUGGGAGGAGUUUAUUGGACCAGGCAGAGCUUUGGACACUGACAAAUUUUUUGUUAUUUGUGUGAAUAAUUUGAGUGGCUGCUAUGGAUCAUCUGGACCAUCAUCAAUAAAUCCUCUUACGGGCAAGCAUUAUGGUACCACCUUUCCUCUGGUAACCGUGCAAGACAUGGUGCAGUCACAGUUUCUAGUUGUGUCUCACUUCGGUAUUAAAAGGUUGCAUGCUUGUGUUGGUGCUUCUCUUGGUGGAAUGCAGUCAUUGCUAGCACCUGCGUUGUUUCCUGAAAGAGUUGGAAGGGUUGUCUCCAUCUCGGCUUGUGUCCGAUCUCACCCUUCCUCUAUUGCUGUUCGCUACAUUCAACGUCGGAUUCUCAUGUCAGAUGCUAACUGGAACAAUGGGCACUAUUAUGAAGGAACGUUUCCACAUAGAGGCAUGAGACAUGCACGAGAACUUGGAAUGAUUGGUUAUCGAAGUGGCCCUGAAUGGGAGGAAAGAUUUGGAAUAGAGAGAGCCGAUCCCAAUGAACCACACAGUUUUUGUCCAGACUUUCAAAUUGAAACAUACUUAGAGAAAAAGGCAGAGGUUUUCUCUAAUAUGUAUGAUCCCAACUCGGUGCUUUAUAUCUCCAAGGCCAUGGAUAUGUUUGACAUGGGGUUUGGAUACAGUUCAUUACAAGAUGGCGUUGCCCGAGUCAAGUGCCCUGUAUUGAUACUUGGUGUACAGACAGAUAUACUGUUCCCGGUCCAUCAACAACAGGAAGCAGCCGAAUUGCUACGAAAAUCAGGAAACAGCCAAGUUGUUUAUUAUGAAUUGAACUCAAAGUUUGGCCAUGAUACUUUCCUUCUUGAUGUUCAAAAUGUUGGAGCAGCAGUAAAAGGUCACUUGGAGAACAGCAUUUUCUAAUGGUCAACAUUUAUUUAUUUAUUUCAGUAAAUUAAUAACAUCAACAGUGACUGAAAUCAGUCAGCCAGUGGAUUAGCAUGGAUUGUCACAUUCCUGAUUCGUAUCUCUGUAGUUG